CGGGGUAGGCGUGAGGCCCAGUUCCUCUUUGCGCUGUGGAAGAUAAUCGAUGUUGUGAAUUUCGUGGAUUUAAAUCUGAUACGAGGAAUAAUAACAGAAGCUAGAUUUGCAGCCGGAGUACGGCCUGCCACCAUGUCUCUAGUGUCCCCUGAGGCGCAGAUGGAGUCCAGCUCACCUCCUCCUAAGCUGGAGUCCAACGACCCCUCUGACCCCGACCCCGACCCUGCCUCUGAUCCCGCCCCCGAACACGCCCCUGACCAUGACCCCGCCCCCGCCACGGAGAUGACCCCUGACCCUGCUGACCCUGCUGACCCCUCCAUCAGCCUGCCCCCCCCCUCGCCCAGCGCUGUGGCGCCCCCUCCCGCCCCCCCGGCCCCAGUGCCCAACGCCGCCUGCAAGAUCAUGACCUUCAGGCCCACCAUGGAGGAGUUCCGCGACUUCGGCAAAUACAUCGCCUACAUGGAGACGCAGGGAGCGCACCGCGCCGGGCUAGCAAAGGUGAUUCCUCCUAAGGAGUGGAAGCCGCGGCGGUCGUACGACACCAUCGAGGAGAUGGUCAUCCCGGCGCCCAUCAUGCAGGUGGUGACCGGCCAGUCCGGCCUCUUCACCCAGUACAACAUCCAGAAGAAGUCCAUGAGCGUCGGGGAGUACCGCAAGCUGGCCAACAGCAAGAAGUAUUGCACUCCACAGCACAAAGACUUUGAUGACCUGGAGAGGAAGUACUGGAAGAACCUGACCUUUGUCUCGCCCAUAUAUGGAGCUGACAUCAGCGGCUCCCUCUAUGAUCCAGACAUCACAGAGUGGAACAUCGGGCACCUGAACACGCUACUGGACAUGGUGGAGCAGGAGUGUGGGAUCGUGAUUGAGGGCGUGAACACUCCGUACCUGUACUUCGGCAUGUGGAAGACCACCUUCGCCUGGCACACCGAGGACAUGGACCUCUACAGCAUCAACUACCUGCACUUCGGACAGCCCAAGUCCUGGUAUGCUAUUCCACCUGAGCAUGGGAAGCGUCUGGAGAGACUAGCACAAGGUUUCUUCCCUGGCAGCUCUCAGGGCUGUGACGCCUUCCUGCGCCACAAGAUGACCCUCAUCUCCCCCUCCAUCCUCAAGAAGUACAGCAUCCCCUUCAACCGGAUCACUCAGGAGGAAGGGGAGUUCAUGGUGACGUUCCCGUACGGUUACCACGCCGGCUUCAACCACGGCUUCAACUGCGCCGAGUCCACCAACUUCGCCACGCUGCGCUGGGUCGACUACGGCAAGAUGGCCACACAGUGCACGUGUCGUAAGGACAUGGUGAAGAUCUCCAUGGACGUGUUUGUGCGCUGCCUGCAGCCGGAUCGCUAUGAGCUGUGGAAGCAGGGCAAGGACUCCACCGUGCUGGACCACCAGAAGCCCACCAUCCUCAACAGCCCCGAGCUGGAGCACUGGAGGCAGAACAAGGUCACCUACAGGGAGAAGCUGCUCCGGAGAGCGCUGCAGAAGAAGGAGCAGGUGCGUCGGCUGAAGCAGGAGGAGGUGCGGGUGCUGCAGGAGGAGGGCGUGGAGCUGGACCUGGAGGAGUACCAGCGGCAGGUGGAGGCCAAGGAGGCGCAGAGGAGGCAGGAGCGCGACGAGCGCAUGGCCAGGGAGGCCCUCCUCACCCUGGAGGCCCUGGAGCAGAGAGAGAGAGAGGAGCAGAUGCUGAAGGAGCAGGCGGAGGGAGCAGAGCCACAGCCCCCCCUGCAGGCCGAGGAGGAGAAGGACGAGGACAAAAAGAAGAAGAAGAAGAAGAAGAAGAAGGCCAAGGUCAAGGUCGAGACCAGCGAUGCCACCGGAUUCCAGGGCGUCUUCGAGAAGUUCGCCACCACCAACAUGAUCACUGAGGGCCAGAUUGUGGCCGAGAACGGGGAGAGGAAACCUGUACAGGUGAAGAAGUCUCGCCGGCACCCCUUCAGUAAACCCCCCAUGCGAUCACCACUCUUCAUUGUGAAGCAGGAGACCUUCAAUGAUGGGGGCGAUGUUGAUCAGGAGGUCCACAGCGCUGCUCAGCUCUGGCAAGACCACUCCCCCAACCUGCUCGCCGAGCGACGCUUCAACGCUGCCAUGGCAACCAUUGAGCCACACUGUGCUGUUUGCACACUCUUCUGUCCAUACAAACAGGAGGCCCUGUCGCUGGACUCUGCGUCCCUGUUGGCGUCUGGUUGUGGGCGCUUCACUCGGCCGCUGGUUCCUGAGAUGUGCUUCAGUAGCGGGGGGGACACCAGCGAGCCCCCACCCCCACGUUCUAGCAGCGGAACCCGCGAUGACGGAACCAGCCUGCUCAUCUCCUGUUCUAGCUGCAGUCUACAGGUCCACGCCAGUUGUUAUGGCGUCCAGUCUGAGAUGCAGAAGGAGGGGUGGAUGUGUUCAAGAUGCACAGCAGUGGCCUGGACUGCAGCGUGCUGUUUGUGUAACCUCAGAGGUGGAGCUUUGAAGAUGACAACAGAUAGCAGGUGGGUCCAUGUGAUGUGUGCCAUAUCCGUUCCUGAGGCUCGCUUUGUCAACGCCGCCACUGAGAGAGAGCCUGUCGACGUUACCGCCAUCCCAGACACCAGGAAGAGCCUGAUGUGUGUGUACUGCCAUAAGCCCAGCAGGCCGUCGUGCGGUGCAUGUAUUCAGUGUUCUCAUGAGAACUGCUCCACCUCCUUCCACGUCACCUGUGCUCACCUGGCCGGGGUCGUCAUGAAGCCAGCCGAUUGGCCCUACGUGGUGUCAGUCACCUGUCAGAAGCACAAACAGACCAAUCAGAAGGUUAAGGUGGGGUCACGGGACCUGUUGCUAGGCCAGCAGGUGAUCGGUCGCUACAGCAACGGUUGGUUCUAUCGCUGCAUCAUCAUCGGCAUGGCAACACAGAUUGUCUAUGAGGUCAACUUCGAUGACGGCUCUUACUGUGACAAUGUCUACCCUGAGAAUGUGGUGAGCCAUGACUGCCUGCGUUCGGGCCCUCCUGAGACGGGCGAGAUUCUGUGUGUGUGCACCGCCGAAGGACAGAUGCUUAACGCCUCCUUCAUCAAGGAACACACACACCGAUACUACCAGGUGGAGUUCCAGGACAGGUCUCAGCUCCUUCUGAAACGCUCAGAGAUCUACACACUGGAGCAGGAGCUGCCCAAGAGGGUCAUGGCACGCCUGGUUCUGUCCGCUGUGAAGCAGGAGUCUCACUCUCAGGACGAUGACGAGGCUCAAGCCGCCAAGAGGCCACGUCUCCCAGCCCCUCCUCCCCAGGAGCAGACCCCGCCCACACCAGCAGUAGCCCUGCCUUCACAGGAACAAGCCCCGCCUACUUCACCAGCGAUAGCCCUGCCUCCCCAGGAACAAGUCCCGCCUUCACCAGCAUUAGCCCCGCCUCCUGUGAUAACCCCAUUGGCUGGGGCUGCAGCUGGCCCGGCCCCCGGCCCCUACGGGCUCCUCCCCCCCACCUCCUCACCGCCCCCCCCCACGCAGGCCUCACACACACACACACACACCCCGGCGCCGCCUCACGGGGCUCCAUACACACCCAGCUCUGGAUACGUGGCCUACAUGGAGGCCCUGCUCAACUCGAACUUUCCCUCUGAGGAGGGGCCGGGCCACGAGGCCCAAGGCAUCAUGUAUUAAACACACACACACACACACACACACACACACACACACACAGCAUUUACAUUUUAAUAUAUAGAUAUCAUAUACAUGCAUUAAUAUAUGUGCACAUAAUGCCUAUCAUACACACACACACACACACACACACACACAGACACACAGACACACACACACACUCCAAUUUCUUGCUAAUUAUGUUCCCAGGAACGAACUCAGAACUGAACUUGUCCGUCUGCAUGUGUGUUUUUGUACGUUUGUUUGUUUGUUUGUUUGUUUGUUUGUUGAUAUGAUUUGACUGCUGUUGUCGGCCAUGUUGUCUUGGCUGAGUUCUGCAGCAGGUGGAGAUUUAUCACCUACCUUUCACCUGCCCGGUACCUCUCUCUCACUAACUCACUCUCAAACACACACACACACACACACAGAGACAGAGACAGACAGACACACACUCCUCAUCCCUGCCCUCACCAACAUGAUAUGCUGUUACUUUAUGUGUUCCCAUAAGUAUUUUUCUACAGUGAAGCCAAACACACACACACACACACACACACACACACACACACACACACACACACACACACACACACACACACACACACACACACACACACUCACUCAAACUCAAACUCCGCUAACUUGCAGGAAGGCACAAUAAGAGAGAACCAGUCAGAUAAGCCUAGUAUGUACAGAUUGUGGG